AUGCCGCUCAAGCGAAAAGCGCAAAAAGCUUCUAUCGAUAUCAGUAACAUCGUCAAGCGAGACUUCUCGUACCUUGCGCGCAACCCUGACAGCGACAACCGGCCUCUAUGGAUUGAUCCCGACAAAGGAUACAUCAUUCUAGAGCGGUUUCAUCCUUUGGCUGACUUAGCGACUGAUUUCCUCGUGACUAUCGCGGAACCUCAAUCUAGACCAGCUUUUCUCCAUGAGUACAAGAUUACGCCGCAUAGUCUCUAUGCUGCUGUUUCUGUUGGGUUAAAUGGCGAAGACAUCAUCAACACUCUUGACAAGUUUCUCAAAACAGAGCUUCCGCAAACUAUCAGAGAUUUCAUCAGAUCUUGCACCAAGAGCUACGGAAAGGUUAAGCUGGUUUUGAAAGACAAUAAGUAUUUCGUCGAGAGUGGUGAUGCAGAUGUUCUUCAGACGUUACUUAAAGACAACAUCAUCGGUCCCCUUCGAGUGAAUGGUUCUGGCGAGGACAUUACCACGACGCGCGCUCCAGCGCUGGGUGUCUUUGUCAUUCCAGGAACAAAGAACGCGGCGGGGGUUCAGCAGGCUGACCUUCCACAAACUGCGGACAAAGAGUCGGAUCAGAUCGAAGCUGUACUGGAUGACUACGACAAUGAUGAUGAGAAAGAAGCUGUUCAUGCCUUUAAGAUUCCUGACAGCGCCGUCGAGACCGUUCAGAAGCGGUGCUUGGACUUAUCGUACCCCAUCCUCGAAGAGUACGACUUCCGCUAUGACAACGUCAAUCCCGACUUAGACAUCGAUCUGCGCCCAAACACCCAAAUCAGACCCUACCAAGAGAAGAGUCUUAGCAAAAUGUUCGGCAACGGUCGCGCCAAAAGCGGCACCAUCGUCCUCCCAUGCGGCGCAGGCAAAACACUCGUCGGCAUCACAGCAGCAUGCACCAUCAGAAAAGGUGUCAUCGUCCUCUGCACAAGCUCAGUCUCAGCAGUACAAUGGCGCAACGAAUUUCUCAAAUGGUCAAACAUCAAUCCUGAAGACAUCACAACUUUCACAUCCGACAGCAAAGAGAAGUUCUCUGGAAGUACUGGUGUUAUUGUGACGACCUAUUCGAUGGUUACAAAUAGUCGCGAGCGUGCUCAUGACUCAAAGAAGAUGAUGGAAUUUUUGGCAGGGCGCGAGUGGGGACUGAUGCUUCUUGAUGAGGUACAUGUUGUUCCGGCGAACAUGUUUCGGCGUGUUAUCUCGUCGAUUAAAACGCGCUCUAAGCUUGGGCUUACGGCUACGUUGCUUCGCGAGGAUGAAAAGAUCGAUCAUCUCAACUUUCUCAUUGGGCCUAAGCUUUACGAAGCUAAUUGGAUGGAACUCUCGCAGCAGGGGCAUAUCGCCAAGGUGCAAUGUGCCGAGGUCUGGUGUUCCAUGCCAACUGUUUUCUACGAGCAAUAUCUACAAGUUUCGUCCCGCAUGAAGCGAACGCUAGCCGCUAUCAAUCCCUCCAAAUUCCAGGCUUGCCAAUUUCUUAUCAACUAUCAUGAAGCGCGCGGCGAUAAGAUAAUUGUCUUCUCAGAUGAGCUCUACUCCCUGAAGCUCUACGCAUACAAGCUGAAGAGGUACCUUAUUUACGGCGGUACAAGCCAGGAGGAGCGACUCCGAGUCCUUGACCAUUUCCGGCACAAUCCUGAAGUGAAUACCUUAUUCCUCUCCAAAGUCGGAGAUACAUCGCUCGAUCUCCCCGAGGCAACGUGUCUCAUCCAAAUAUCCUCGCAGUUCGGCUCGCGCCGUCAAGAGGCACAGCGUCUCGGCCGCAUCUUGCGAGCAAAACGGCGAAACGACGAGGGGUUUAGCGCCUUCUUUUACUCACUCGUCUCUAAGGACACAUCCGAAAUGCAUUUUGCGUCAAAGCGGCAGGCCUUCCUCAUUGAUCAAGGCUAUGCGUUCAAAGUCAUCACCAAGCUAGAUGGUAUUGAAAGCAUGCCUGAUCUGGCAUUUUCUACAGCGGUCGAACAACGAGAAUUGCUACAGGGUACGUUGGCUGAUAACGAAACGGCGAUCGAUGAUGAAUUUGCUGCGGAUGAUCUCUGGGGUGGGGAGAAGAGUGGUGGAAAAGGGAAGAAGAAUACGGUGAGGCGCGUCGCCGGCUAUCUUGAUCAACUUAGUGGUGUGCAGGAUAUGGCCUACAUUGAACGGAACACUUCUGCCAACAAGGCUCUGAAGAGGAAGAAAGGCGAGAAGAGCGAAUUCUUUAAGAAAAUGGACAGAGAAAAUAAGCGACGGAAGAAUACGUGA